AUGUCUGAGCAGGAUGAGCUACCACGUUGGCUACUUUACUCGCUUAUCUCAUCACUAUUGUGUGUGUGUGGAGCUCUAUGCGUUCCGCUAAUAUCAUAUGCCUUCAGGAAUAGCGCAAAUACGAAAUUGGUCAAUUAUGGUUUAUCAUUGAGCGCAGGUUCCAUGAUGACCACUGCCCUUUACAAGAUGUUGCCCCCUUCGGAUCCGGAUGAGGAUAAUGGACCUACAAUCUUCUUCGGAGUACUCAUCGGUAUGUGUCUGAGCUUGUUUCUCAAUUACUUGCUCCAUGCCCGUGCGAGCGAAUCGCUUGUUCACUGUGCUCACGAUUCCGAACCUCAUCAGGAAUCACAAAGACAUAGCUCACACACACACCAAGCUGCCGACGAAGAUCAAGGCCCGGUGGUGUUAGACCCUCACCCUGAUUCAGAGCAUAUAGCAGAACAAACUGCAGCAGCGCUGGAUGUGGUUGGAGAACAAACUGCACUUCUAAGAGGAAGCAAGUCGAAAGAACAUCUUCUUAAGAGUAAGCAAACAUUACUGGAUCUAUUGUCUACUGUGGAUAAUGCUCAGAUGGGCGACUGCUGUGACUUGACAGCCUGCGUCCCGAUGACAAAGGGCGAAAGCUUUACUUGCAUUGCACCAAAAAUGAAGCUGCGUAAAAGUACUACAUCUAUGGCAAACUCCAAUAAUAGCCAGAGGGAGCCUCUAGAUCAAGUGGCAAAUGUCGAUUCCCAGGGGCUGGCAUGUCUAGAGCAUGAGAUCGGAUACGAUUUUGAGAAUUUACCUGUUUAUCGCGAGAACUUUCACUCACAUCGUCGUCACUCUCACCAUUCACACGACCCAAUUAGCGCCGAUAAUUACAUCAGUGACGACCACGAUUCCAUUGAGAGCUCGAUCAAUAAUGAUUCAAUUGCACAUGCAAAGAGCCACCACCAUCAUCACCACCAUUUGGAAACUCCAUUUUCUAAAUUGCUGUCGAUAGGGUUACAAACUUGCAUUGUCAUUACUCUACACAAAUUUCCAGAAGGUUUCAUCAUCUAUUAUACUAAUCAAUCUUCUGAAGUCUCUAAGGCGUUAGGAUUCUCCAUCUUUUUAAGUUUGAGUAUUCACAAUUUCGUGGAGGGCUUCUCAAUGACACUACCAUUCUAUGCCGCAUUCGAGAAUAAGUUCUUGGCGCUUUUAAUAACAAGUGUGCUUGGCGGUUGCUCACAACCACUAGGCGCGCUGAUUGGGUACUUAAUCUUCAAGGACAGGAAAGGCGACAAUAGCAGUAAACCGCAUAUGGAUGCAUAUCUAAGCAUUACCGCUGGCUUCCUUUUAGUGAUCGGUCUGCAAAUGUUUCAAACAGGUAUUGGUUUUAGUCAAGGACACCAUCACCACGAAGGAGAGGGUGAUAAAGAGAUAAAGGAGAAUCACACUUCAGUCAAUACUUGUUUGAAAUGGUGCUGUAUUGGUGUCUUACUGAUACUGGCUAGUGGUCUUUUUAAAUCCUAG